AUGGGCACGAGUGAGAUUGGAGGUGGAUUAAAUGUCACUAUCACCAUCCAGCUACUUAUAAAUGGAAAAGAAGUUGGCAGUAUCAUCGGAAAGAAAGGAGAAUCAGUUAAGAUGCGCGAGGAGAGUGGUGCAUGUAUCAACAUCUCAGAAGAGAAUUGUCCUGAGAGAAUUAUCACUUUGGCUGGACCCACUAAUGCUAUCUUCAAAGGCUUUGCUGUGAUUACUGACACAUUGGAAGAGGACAUCAGCAGCUCUAUGACCAACAGAACAGCUGCCAGCAGACCCCCAGUCGCCCUGAGACUGGUGGUCCCUGCUAGUGAGUGUGGCUCUCUCAUUGGAAAAGGUGGUUGCAAGAUCAAAGAGAUUCAAGAGAGUACAGGGGCUCAGGUCCAGGUGGCAGGGGGCAUGCUUCCCAUCUCCACUGAGCAGGCCAUCACUAUUGCUGGCAUCCCGCAAUCCAUCAUUGAGUGUGUGAAACAGAUGUGCGUGAUCAUGUUGUAUUCUCCGAUCAUCUUUGCAGGUGGUCAGGCCUAUACCAUUCAAGGACAGUAUGCCAUUCCACAGCCAGAUUUGACCAAGCUGCACCAGUUGGCAGUGCAACAGUCUCAUUUUCCCAUGAUGCAUGACAACACCGGAUUCAGUGGUUUGGAUGCAUCUGCUCAGACUACUUUUCAAGAACUCACCAUUCCAAACGAUUUGAUUGGCUGCGUAAUCGAACAUCAAGGCGCCAAAAUCAAUGAUAUCCGUCACAUGUCUGGGGCGCAGAUCAAAACUGCAAACCCAGUGGAAGGAUCUACUGUCACUCCAUCCGUAGGAUUAUCUUUUAUUCCCAUCCGAUAUUAUUUUAGGAUUUUGACACAUAAAGAUGAUUUUUUUUAA